AUGGAUCCCGCCCUGAAGGCCAUUGUCUCGGCAGCUGGCGCAGGAGAAGAUCUUCGAAAGUACAUCGAAGACCUUGGCAUCUCCUCCGUCGGGGUAUUCGGGGAGCUAGGAGAAACGAUCCAGGAGUUUGACGAAGCCGUGGUGGAACCCCUUCGCAAGCCCUACAAGCUCAGCGAUGGCAACAUCAUGGAGGUGCUGUCCACCGACUUUCCAGUGACUCGCGCUCGCCUGCGCCACGUGUGGAAGAAGUGCCGUGACGCCUCUGCGGCCACACCUUCGGCAGCGCCAGCCGCACCGACUACAGGCAGCACCGCCUCCGCCUCUUCUUCCAAGAAGGAACUUCCCGCUGGCUAUUGGCAGGCACAAGUCAAGAAGUUCGAGUCUGUAACGAUCAAAGGCAUAGCAAGGAGAUUCCCGGAAACCUUGCUCCUUGGCGCGGAGGCCACUUUGGCUCGCAUCGUAUUCGACGCUAAGAGCUUGCAGCACAACGCCAUACCCCUCGAGGAGAUCGUCCAGACUCGCCACUUCAAAGCCUCAGGCGAGCCCAACAACCUCAGCACUGCCAAGAAGCGCUCGCGCAGCAACGAGGUGACCACGCUCGUCCUCAACUCCGACUUGCAACUCGAGACCGAGCCUGAGGACCGAUGGCGUCCGCAAUCGCAGACAGCACUUCUCGACUGUCUGCAGGCUAUUCACAUGGCUCUAGUCUUCGUGGAGUACGCCCCCGAGCACGAGCUUGACAAGUACUUCGAGUGGUGGCAACGAUUGGUGCGCAGCCGCCCGAACAAGAUCGAGCAGCUCAAGAUACACUGGGAGAACACCGCGUGGCGCAUAGCUCUCGCGCUUCGGAAAAGCACUCCCUUCAACGACGUCGCCUCCGAGAUCAUGACCGACAGCCAGUCGCUUCAGGAGACAAUGAGCAAGGAAGUCGCCAUCGACGAGGAGGACGUGGAGGAAAAGGUCAACAACAAGUUAGGGAUUGGCAGCCCUACCGCCCCAGCAAAGGCAACGGGAAAGGAUGGGGACGCGGUCGUGGUCGUGGCCAACAGCAGUGGCGACAGCAACGCUACCAACGCCAGAACGAGGACGACCGAGAUCAGUGGCGCCGACGAGAGGAUGAUCGCAGUCGCGGCUCCGACCAGCGCAACUGGAGGUCGUGGAACCACAAUGACUCCACACGCCGUGAGCACCGCGACCAUGAAUAGGGACAGCACGGGCCAUCCCCUGGGGGCCAAGCUGCUAAGUAACCAACAGGUCACAACGAGAGACAAGACCACCGCCGUCGACUUCGUGGUCCUCAGCUUCUUCGACGGCCUCGGCACCGCCUUCCUCGUGUGCGACAACCACUGCAAGGCGAAGGGACUCAGCUGGAGAGGAGCUUCUUGGGAAAUCGAUGAGGACCUAGUGAAGCUCGGAAUCAAGCACUUCCCUGACGUCUUGACCCGCGGUGACUUUGAGCAGGAGACCGCAGAAUCGCUGUCAAAACUUGUGCAACAGCUAGACCCUUCUCGCUCAGCCCAGGUGGUCAUCGCUGCCGGACCUCCGUGUCAUGAUUUCUCACGCAUACGACAAGACGCGCCAGGACACGAAGGCACCGAAGGCUCCAAGUUCACACGCUUCGCCAAGCUCAUCGUUGACCUAGAAAAGCUAUGGAACCGCAGCCGAGCCACCCUACUCGUGGAGAAUGUCAUCCCCCAGAACCGCGCCGACAUGCGCAAGAUCGAGAAGCUUCUCGACGCGCCCGCGGUCGUGCACGACUCGGCUGACUUCGGAACCAUCUCCAGACCGAGAGUCUGGUGGUGUCGGAUACCCUGGUCCGAAGUGGCGCACCGCAAAGACUGUCCGCUCUCGAUGCGCUGGACCAGCACGCAGGGGAUACCCAGAGUUCACUUCGAGGUCCCCAAGGACGAUACACAGACGUGGGACACACAAGGCCUCGCCCUUCCACGCUGUCUCACCGAGGAGAUGAAGCCACUCCCAUGCCUUACUACGCCCUCAGACGACCCCAACGGUCGCCCGGCACCACGAAGUGCAAAAGGGAAGAUCAGCAGCGACGCCACGCAACGAGCAGCUCGCCUCAUCUUCAUCAUGGCCGUCUUCGCAGCUACAGUGCCGACUCCCUCAGCAGAGCUGAACCCUCUGGGUGGCACCGCCAUUGACAUCACGGCUUCGCUGUGGCAGGGCAAGCCCCCGCUCAUGGGCCCCGGCCUUGACGACUACGACGACUUCGACCUUUCCUACCUGGACGAUCCAACAGAACACUGGAAGCGGUCGCGCAUCAUGCCACACCCCGACUUCCGCGACGCCGCCCUGGAGCCUGGCUUGGAACAAUGGUUGGAAAUUUGGUUCGGUUGGCAGGACCCCGACAUCUUCGAUGAGCUCACUCGAGGCUUUCGGCUCCUGGGGCCGAUAAACCCAGGACUUGGUUGGCGCAAGCGCAAUGAUCUCCGCUACGCCAACCCGUUGCAGUUUAACGACUUCAUUGACAAGAACGAACGCUAUGUGUGCGACAAACUUCGCAGAUCAAGAGUCGACCCGUGCUGGGAACAGUUGGCGAACGAGAUCGCAGAGGACGUUCGCCUCGGACGCAUGGAAGGCCCUUUCACAAGUCCGACUACCUGGCCCAAGACAGCGGUUCCCCUCGCAACGCACGCACACACAAGCAGACUUCUACCAGGCCCCGAAGCACACAAGCCGACUUGCUUCGCCUUCGCAGUGCACCAGGUUGGCUCCGACAACAAGCCCAAGGUACGCAGAGCUGAAGAUUGGAGGAGGUCCUUCGCCAAUGCUACGGUGGGAAUCUCCGACACGCCUCCAUACCAUGAUGUCUCAGCCUAUGUCCGCCUCGCAGUCGCGAUCAAAAAGGUCGACCCUUCAGCGAAGCUUCUGAUAUGGGGCCUCGACCACGAGUCCGCCUACCGCCAGCUAGCAGCGGAGGACCCGGACCACACUUGGGUGGUGCUUCCCACGCCACACGGCAUAACCUUAUGGAGACACACAGUCUUGAUGUUUGGGUCAGUUGCGUCAGUGUGGUCUUACUGUCGCGUCGCAGACCUCAUGUCAUGGCUUUGCCGUGCAUGUCUGUUGACGCCGGCGUUGCACUUCGUCGACGACUUUGGCAGCUGCGAGGACGACAAGCUCGCGCACUCCUCCUUUGAGUACUCGAAACGCCUUUGCCGUGCACUGGGUUUUUCUUUUAAGCAAUCUAAGGAGCAGCCGCCGGACCAUUCGCAAGUCAUCCAAGGUGUGGACAUAUCCGUGCACGCAGACUACGUCAUGGUGCAGGGCACGUCCUCGCGCCGCCAACGACUUGACGCAGACCUGGUGGCGGUCCUAACAGCUGACAGACUACCGCCGAACGAGGCGUCCAGCUUAGCGGGAAAACUCCAGUUCUUCUGCCAAGCCCUGAUGGGCAGGUCUCACGCAGCAGCUUUGAGGCCACUUUUCGCUCGGGCCAAACAGACAGGCCACGGCCGUGACCACUCCGAGUGGAGAUUGAACGACCAGCUUCGCCAUGGCAUCGGCCUCAUUCGCUGGAGCCUACAUCACGCCUCGCCGAGGCAGCUGAUGUUCCGAGAACAACCUCGAUCCGUGAUUUACGCAGACGCCUUCUUCAACCUCUUCGAGAAGGACUGGAAGCCUUCGGACGAGGACAUACCACAGUGGGGAAGGACACCACCGGAGACGCUUCGCAACGGUUGGGGUUUCGUGGCCACUGCCCGCGGCCAAACGUUCUACGCCGCAGGCCGAGUUCCCCACUGGUUUGUUCGGGAAUUCGCAAGCCGCAGAGCCUACAUCUACAUGCUCGAGAUUGUUGCUCAAAUCCUACCGCUGCUCGUCUUGCAUGACCGCAUCGACCAGCACGUGAUCAUGUUCGUGGACAAUGAACCAGCUCGCCACGCUCUGUCGAAGGGCUUUGGCAAGGAUGAGUCGAUCAACAGACUGCUCCAACACAGUUGGCGCUACAUGGAGGGGAUCCAGCUUCGCCCCGCCUGGCAGCGAGUCACUUCUUCGGCCAACGUGAGCGACGCAGUCAGCCGCGGUGACCUUCGCCACGCUCAAGCUGAAGGUUGGACCUUGGUCGAGGAGGACUGGGACGCAGUUUUCGAAGGACUUCUGAAGGGCUCUGAACGAUUUAGGGCUCCCGGUGUGCUUUGA